GAACAACAACAACAACUACGGUUGUGCACUUGUGUUACAGAGGAAAGCACCGUGUGCCUCUGUCUGGUUAGCGUGCGGGUGGGAGGCAGCCAGCCAAGUCAGUCAAUCCAACUCUCCAUGUAUUGACCACCCAUCAGUCUCAAAACGAAGCAGCCUCCUUCCUUUGAAGUACUCGACCCACACCGAAAUCUAAACCCGACCCGAAUUGUUUGCUUCUUCUCCUUCUUCUUCGCGUUCUGCAAAAAAAAUGGGUACGGCUUCUGCUAAAUCAAGAAAAGCUCUUGUGUUUAUAUUCAAUCGCUUGAUUAUUAGAGUGACUGUUCCAUUUCAUGCUCUAACUUAUUAUUGUUAUUACUAUUCCACUCUUGCUCAUGCACAAACUAGUAGUAGUUGUUAUAGUAGUAGUGGUAGAGAAAAUGUGGAUAGUACCCAUAAUCAGAAUCAGAAUCAGUUCCUGAAAUCUGUGAGAAAUCAGUGCAAAUCUCGAGCCUUUAGGAAUCUGGAUCACGCCUUAACCUUGUUUGAUACAAUGCUUCACAUGCGCCCUUUGCCUUCCAUUGACGAUUUCAAUCACAUGUUGGGUGCAAUUGCAAGAAUGAAGCAUUACACGGUAGUCGUUGCUCUAAUUAAGCAAAUGGAGUCAUUGGGUGUGUCUCCUGAUGUUUAUACUGUGAAUGUUUUGAUUAAUUGCUUUUGUUGUUUGAACCGGGUUGAUUUCGGGUUCUCUAGUUUAGCAAGAGUUUUGAAACUUGGUUAUCAGCCGGACUGUAUUACUCUAAACACUCUUGUGAAGGGGCUGUGUCUUCAGGGUAACAUUGCUAGAGCCGUGAGGAUGGUAGAUGAAUUGGAGAAGAAAGGUUAUGAGCUUGAUGUAAUUACUUAUGGAACGAUAGUUAAUGGUUUGUGUAAGGCAGGUGAGACUAGUGUGGCUAUUGGGUUGCUCAGGAAGAUCGAAAAAGGGAAUGUUGAACUUAAUGUGGUGCUUUAUAGUGCAAUCAUUGAUAGUUUGUGUAAGGAUAGAUUGGUAAUUGAGGCUUUGAAUCUUUUUUCGGAAAUGUUGAGUAAAAGCAUUCGGCCAGACCUGGUCACUUACACGUGUUUAAUCCAAGGUCUAUGUAGUUUUGGCUGGUGGAAGGAGGCUACUUAUUUGUUGAAUGAGAUGACACAAAGGAAAAUAACGCCAAAUGUGCAAACCUUUAGCAUAUUGUUGGACACGCUUUGCAAAGAGGGGAUGUUGGCAGAGGCAAACAAAGUUUUUGAUUUGAUGAUUCAAAGAGGCAUUGAGCCCAACACAACCACUUUUCAGUCUUUGAUUGAUGGUUAUUGUUUGCAAAACAAAAUGGAUGAUGUAGUCAAAAUAUUUAAUCUGAUGAUUGAGAGGGGUUGUUUGCCGGAUGUUGUUAGCUAUAACAUAUUGAUUAAUGGAUACUGCAAAAAUAAAAGAAUUGAUGAUGCAAUGAGUCUCUUUCAUGAAAUUUCUAAAAAGGGAGUGAUUCCUAAUGUUGUCACUUACACGACUCUUAUAGGUGGGUUUUGCCGACUACAAAGAACUCAGGAUGCACUUGAGCUGUUCUAUAAGAUGCGAGCUUAUGAGAUACAUCCAACUCUUCAGACUUGUGCUGUUUUGUUAGAUGGUCUUUGUAAGAACAAACAAAUUUCUGAGGCGAUGAAAUUGUUUCAGGAGAUGGAAGACAAAAAGUUAGACCAUAAUAUUGUGAUUUACAGCAUCUUGAUUGAUAGUUUGUUUAAUGCUGGGAAAUUUACGACUGCAAAAGAACUCUUCUAUAGUCUUGCCACCAAAGGGUUGCAACCUGAUGUUUGGACUUACACUAUUAUGAUCAAAGGGCUUUUCAAAUAUAGAAUAAUAGAUGAAGCAUGUGAGCUGUUGGAAAAAAUGGAUAAGAACGGUUGUUCACCUAAUGAUCGCACAUAUAACACCCUCAUCCAAGGAUUACUGCAACAUAAUGAGACAUCAAAAGCAAUGAAAUAUCUCCAAAUAAUGAUUAACAAGGGUUUCUCGGCUGACGCAAUCACUACAACCAUGUUGGUUGAAUUGCUAGCAUCUAAUAAAGUAGAUAAGAACAUUCAAAAAUUGCUUCAGGAGCUUGUUUGAAGGAUUUGAAGUUCCUCAAGAUGAAGACAAAUUUCAUAUUUUUACCCAUCACCAGUCGGUAUAUUUGCUUCAAGCUAGGAAGCAUAACCCCAUUUGAAGAUGCCUGGCAAUGCAGAGAGUUCAAUAAGAUCAAAGGAGAUUGUUCAGGAGAGAUUGUGUUAAUUAAUGGGUCAAUUUGCAAGUACCAGCUAUAUUUGCUGCAAGUCAUUCUUAUACUUUUACAAGGCAGGGAAAGGAAAUGCACUGUUCUAGGGGUAUUGGAGAAUGGGUUCACUGUGGUUGUGAAACGGGUGACGUUACAGAAGAUGGAUCAUAUGCUGUGGCUGUGAAAUGUCACCAUUUUGAUCCAGGUUAACAAAGUAGGAUAGGCAAAUGCAGAUGUCAGAGUUAGACAGAAAAAAGAGGCGCAUGGAAUGAACACAAUUUUGUUGGGCGAUUCUCAUGAUGAUUUGCUUCUCCACAGUCUAUGUUUCUAACAGGCUAAUUCCCAAAUCCACCAUCUUGCAUAUGCAAUGUAUUGCACCCAAUGGGUGUGAAACGCUUCUUAUACACAUCUUUUCCAAGAAUUGUAAAACGAGGAAAGACAUACCAACUACCGAGGGUGACGGAAGUGAGGACUGAGGAGAUUAGGAAGAAUGGUAUAUUCACCAUGCUAGAACAGAAUCCACACAUUGGCCAAAGCAAGGUAGGAGAGCUGGCUAGAUCAUUAUUGUGGGAUCCAUUUUUUCCUGUGCACUUAGACACUCUUUCAUGUGCUUAGCAUCUUUCAAAACAUAGUGUGCAAUCCGUAGAGUGAUCCAAUUAUAAUGGCAUUGGUUUUAUUAUACAGUUAAUUGCUUUUGUGACAGAAUGCCGUCAUCGCUUCUUCAAUCAAGUGGACUAAAGUGGUUUCAUUGCAUGUUUGAGAAUUUCUUCAAUCAAGUGGACUAAAGUGGUUUCAUUGCAUGUUUGAGAAUGAAGAGUAUGUUUUUCAUGUAAAUGGAGACCAAAGCAUAGUAAAAGCUCUUGACACUUUGUGAGAAAGUUGAAAUGGUGCCAUUGCUGUCAUAAAUCAAGGAACUAAGAGGCUCAUAAGGAGCAGUGACAUUCAUCUUAUUGAAUAGAAUGACGAUCUCCUUCAUAACAAAAAGUUUUCACUUCCAUCCAUUCUAUUUUCCACCAUUAGAUUCCAAAGUUCAAAUCACCUGAGUUUGGUAAAAAGUUUCAGCCCACUAACCCAUUAGUCAUUGUAGAUUAUAAAUUGUAUGUAUAUGACUAUGCUAUCAGACCACUGUAAAGCAGAUCUUUGUUGCCAGUUAGAACUAAUGAUUUUUUUUUUUGUAACCGUAGGAACCUAACUGUGGAGGAGUUUAUUCACAUGGAGACCACAACUCUGAUGCAACAAGUGAACAAGACCUUGCUCACUGCUGUGAACUAGACCUAUGAUCAUUUGAAUUGGGAUACUCUAUAUUAUCUUCUAGAUCAUAUGGGUUUUGGGGAGAGAUGGAAGAGGUGGAUUAAGGCUUGUAUUUCUACUAUUCGCUUCUCCGUGUUGGUAAAUGGUUCCCUGCAGAUUUCUUUGGCAGCUCUGAGGGUUUGAGACAGGGCGACUCAUUAUCACCUCUCUUAUGUCUUCUGGUUAUGGAGGUAAUAAGUCGGAUUAUGAAGAGGGGUUUGCCUUUAGCGAAUUGGUAUUGCAUGUGUCAAAGAAAUGGGGAAACAAUGAAACAUCUUUUAUUUCAUUGUGAAGUUGUUUAUGCUUUGUGGGGGGAGGUGCCCAUUUAUUUGGUAUUCACUUAGUCAUGCCAGGAUCUAUUGGGAACUUAUUGUUUAGUUGGAGGAAUUGGUUGGGGAAGCAUGGCUUGGUUGUGUGGAACUUGGUGCCAAGUUGUUUAAUGUAGGUAGUUUGGAAGGAAAGGAAUUGCUAUUCGAUUGAGGAUAUUGAAUGCUCUUUGGAUCAAUUAAAUUAGUUAUUUGUUCGAACUCUUUGAUUGGUCUAGGGCUUGGGGUUCUUCAUAUUGUUCUGAUACUUUUGAGUUUCUAAAUUCACUUAGCCAUAGCAUUUGAUUUAUUUGUAUUUUUAUGAUCCUUUGUGUUCAUCAUCAUGAGCACAAGGUUUUCUUUCUUUAUCAAUAACUAGUACGUUACUUGUGCAAUGCAUGGAUAAUAUUGUAA